UUCAGCUUCAGUCUUGGUCCUCACACCCUGCACAGCUCUUGUUAACCCUGUAGCAUUUACUUUCUAUUUUGCACCUAUUUGACACUCUACUAAGCUCAUUUCUUUAUCCAUUUUUAUCACUUUUUCUUCUAUUUCAAAAGUGUGUUUUUUUUGGGACAUUCUGCCUGGUAUCAGGAGUGUUUGCCUGCCAGCAUGGCACUGGGCGGUUCACAGUCUGAUGUGAAGGUCUCACUGAACGGCAGUGGGGAUUUAUAUCACAGCUGGUUCGGUCCAACAACCCCACAUCCUCCUCUACAAAAUUACCUGCUUCUUACCAUCCUUACCUGCUUCUGCCCGGCUUACCCCAUCAACAUUCUGGCCCUGGUGUUCUCUGCUAUGUCCAGAAACAGUUAUGAUCAGGGAGAUUAUGAAGGUUCGAGACAUUUAGGGAAGAUGGCUCUCUAUUUAUCUAUCGCCUCCAUAAUCAUUGGCCUCCUCAUCAUCACCAUCUUCUGUGCUGUGCAUUUUACAACGAAAAAAGUUUAGGAAGAUGGUAGUUUUGUCCUGCUGUCCCCUGAGGAGUGGAAGCCCAUUCAGCCUGAGUCUCUUGAACUACUUGGAGGUUUUCAAUGUAAACCCAAACAAGACUGGACAUAAGCUCCCCUCAGAUCUGCUCUCUACCUCUGCAUGAACAAAGAGAGGUACAGGACAGGGCUUCAUAAAAAUAUGUCAUUGCUGUCUUAUCAGUUUGUUUUCUAAAACAAUGAGGGCAGAAAAAGUCCCUUUGCCAAGAAAACAACAAGAAACUCUUAAUUGUUUACAGACAGACACCAAUAAUUGCCUACUUUCAAUAUAUGCACUUUAAAAUCAGAUGCAGAUAAAUAUUUAUAAGUUGUAUUAAGUGGACAAGAUCAGUCAAUGCAAAUACUAAAUAUGUAAAUAUAUAUUUUUCUUUUGGUGAAACAAUCUCAUGAAAUUUACAAAACUGUUGCAACAGUUUUGCAAAAUGCUAUUAAAUGGUUCCUGACAUGUAUUGCGACAGUUCAAGGGUGAAAUGUCCACUGUGUGGCGCUAUAAGCGAGUUAAAUGUUCUGUCAAACAAAUUAGGAUUUUAAGGUUAAUGCUCUAUUGAGAUUUAAAUGAACGAAACCUUCUUCCCUACCCUAAACCUAACCGAUGGUAUCCGAGAAAUCAAUUGUGAGAUGAAAAAUUUAAUUGCUGAAGCAACUAUGACAUUUUGUGACAUUACAUGUCAAGCAAUGUUCAUUUCCCCAGGAAACUGCAGUGAUAUGUACAAUAAGGCACAUAAAAAAUGAUUUAGAAAAUGUUGGUAUAGUAAUUUGAUACUAUGAGACCAGGUUGCAAACAAUAUGAUUAUUUUUAUAAUGAAUGCUUGUGUUUUUGGAGCAAACUGACUGGGCUCCAUAUGUAAUUGAGCUUGCAAAUAUUCUCCAUUUGUUACUGUAUUGUAGUAUGCAUUGUUUGUGUAUUGUCACAAGUGGUUAAUU